UCCCGAUUGGCGGAACACACACUUGUUGCGCAUGCAACCCCCUCCCUCCCCCUCUCACAGUGCACGGCGCAUUGGCUCAGGCAGUUGUUUCCGUGGUUUCAAUUCGGCCGGUCCGGGUUGAAUGCGGCUCGUGCACGAUUCUGCAACUUCUUCGCGUUUACUUUCAUAAGUUGCCAGACAUUUUUAUUCACGGUUUUGUGGGCUUUUUUAAAAUUUCCCCUUGACCCUUACGGUAACGUGUUGUGUGCGGUAUUUCAACAACAAAAUUUUUUUGCAAUUUGUAGCAAAUGUUUGAACGGCAACCAGAGUUUGAAUAACAAAGUUGUCGCUUGCAGUAAUGAAAGAAUCAGACAGUGUCGUGAAAGUGCUGUUACUAGACGAAUGAUAUAAAAGUACGCUUAUAAUUCGGUGCUGACGGUAUAUCAGCAGCAUGUAGCAGGCGCUGGAGCCUUGGACGAGAAAUGACGUGCAAACAGAUGUCGUAGGAGGGAAGCAGAAUCUGAAGGAAGAAGGCUUUUCCUGUGAACGCGAUUGCAAUGGCGGAAAUUAAACUUCAGUUUCACAGCUGGAGAAAUCUUGAACAGGUCAAUAAUUACAGAUUGCUGAGGAAACAUCUCAUAUCAUAGAAGUAUCAUAGUUCGUAGUUACCUAAACCGUCGAAGCACAGUGAUUUUAAUGUGCACUGCCGAAUUCAACAUUAAAAAUCUCUGUACUGGUGUUGCUUGGGGGUUUCAGACAGCACAGCAGUUAUUUCUAUGAAGAACUCCAAAGAUAGCUCACGCUCAUCUGAUAAUGAAGUCGGACCGACAGAAGGAAAGUCAAGAAGAAGAGACGUCAUAGAACAGCUCUGUAAUCACAGCGGGCUUCAUCAGUCGGAUUGUGCGACCGCAGAGCCGAAUGAGAGAGGACAUGUCAGUGUACACGGAGGAUCUCGCGUUGUUGAACGUGUUACCUACGUUCCCCGUCCUGCCCAGUGCCCCAACAAGAGACAAUGUGACAGAGGAGGCUGCCCUCGACGACAACCAGACGGCACUCAACGUCACCAGUCCUGAAUUAAAUUCCUUCUACUUCUACGAGGUGGAGCAGUUCACUGUGCUGUGGAUCCUGUUGGCUCUCAUUGUGCUGGGCAAUUCGGCUGUCCUGGUGACUCUCUACGUCAACAAAAGGAAGUCUCGCAUGAACUUCUUCAUCAUGCAGCUGGCAGUAGCAGAUCUCACCGUGGGACUCAUAAGCGUCUUGACUGACGUCAUUUGGAGAAUCACAGUCGUGUGGCAUGCCGGGAACUUCGCCUGCAAACUCAUACGGUUCCUUCAGGCUGUAGUUACCUAUUCGUCCACAUAUGUACUGGUCGCGCUGAGUAUCGACCGGUACGACGCAAUCACACAUCCCAUGAACUUCUCGGGGAGUUGGAGGCGCGCGAGGGUACUGGUUGUGGCGGCCUGGUCCCUUAGUGCCCUGUUCUCCGCCCCAAUCUUCAUCCUGUAUGAAGAGAGACUGGUGCAAGGCAAGACGCAGUGCUGGAUAGAGCUCCCUCAUCCUUGGCAGUGGCAGCUGUACCUGUCGCUGGUAGCUGUGUCACUGUUUGUGUUGCCGGCCCUCAUCAUCUCGGGGUGCUACGCCGUCAUCGUGCUCACCAUCUGGAGGAAGGGCAAGACCCUCACCCCCACCUCCAGGUCCUACCGCAGCAGGGGACAACACCGACUGCAGCAGGAGGAGCAGAACUGCCGGCGAGCCAGCUCACGUGGCCUCAUCCCCAAAGCCAAGAUCAAGACAGUGAAGAUGACCUUCGUCAUCGUAUUUGUUGCCUGCAGAUUAAGGACUGGCGCUGCUGUUGCAGUGUUCAUUCUGUGCUGGAGUCCCUACUUCGUUUUCGGGUUGCUCCAAGUAUACGGCCACGUGCCAAACACGCAGAACAACAUCGCCAUCGCCACGUUUAUACAGAGCCUGGCGCCGCUCAACUCUGCUGCCAACCCAGUCAUCUACUGCCUCUUCUCCACGCGCAUGUGCAGGACUCUGAGACGGAGCCCAAGGGAAAUGCGCCAACUGCAGAAGACAGGUUCGUGUAUCGGCAUGUUUCCGCUGACCAGACUGUCACAUCGGAGACGAGGCGGCGACAGCAAACUUCUUCGGACUGAAGGCAAGAAAUGGGACCUGAUGGGACUGAACCUAACAUUGCUGUUUUAUGCAGGAGUUCUCCCCACACAUCGCGUUGCUUCAAGCUCUUGGAGACUACGGCUGUACCGUGCUUACCCGGUCCUCAUGGUACUUCUUUACAUCAUGGUAUUCACAGCACAGUGUCUCGCCAUGUACAAGUUCUGGGGUGAUCUUGAUGCAGUCACUGACACCGCCUUCACCAUGGUGGGUGUAUUCAUGUGCUACAUCCAGGCAACCUACACAACAAGGAACAGCGACAAAAUCCUCCAACUCGUAGACACAUUGGAAACCAAACUGACUCCCACGAUGAAGACACUGGCCUCAACAAGGGAGCAGUCCAUUCUAGUCACGAACACUGCACGCAAAACAAGGCUGCUGACGUGGACAAUGUUCGUGAUUGUGCAUGGGAUGCUUAUCUCAUGGAUCGCCAUGCCUCUCAUUCACAGGUACAGUGAGGGAGCUCAGGAAAUGAACUUUGACUCGGACAAGCCUCUGCCAUAUUUCUGCUUCAUCAUCUGGCUGCCUUUCGACGCACUGCGUUCUCCCGUCUACGAAAUCGUCUACAGCAUCCAGACGAUGUGCUUCUUGAUGGCGUGCUUGUACUACACGUCAGUCAACACUGUGUUCAUGACACUCAUCAUCCACACGUCGACGCAGUUCAGGAUUUUGGUGAUGUCCCUCAGAGACAUGGACGAGCUGUUCCCUGUGCAGAACAUGGAACGCGAAGAACCACAGAUGGGAUCGGAAAGUAACGCCGAAGAAUAUCCACACGAUUUGAGCAUCUCCAUUGGGAAUGAACUGGAUGCUUACUUCAUUGAGUGCAUCAAACAUCACAAAGCAAUCAUCAGGUUUGCUGAAGAGCUGAAUGCUGUGCUCAGUCCGUUGCUUCUGUUCUACUUCUUCUGCAGUCAGCUCAUCAUGUGCGUCGUUACGUUCCAAGUGGUUCUGACCUGGGGGCAGGGAAACAGCGUGCUCAAGUUCGUUCUGGGGCUGGCCGCCGCGGCAUGCGGCCCUCUGAUGUUCUGCUGGUUCGGAACUGACAUCAUACAAGAGAGCCUGGCCGUGCAACAGGCAGCCUAUGGAUGCGCCUGGUAUCACCGCCUAAGAAGCUUCAAUCGUCUGCUGGCGGUGGUCAUCAUGAGGACCCAGAAACCCGUGCGGCUCAAGGCAGGCAUGUUCUACGAAGUGUCCCUCACGACAUUCACCCAGAUGCUGAACACUGUGUACACCUAUUUUGCUGUUCUGAAGCAACUCUAUGAUGAAUAGAGGAUGACUGCUGCCACGUGUAAUGAAUGAGCCCAAUACAAUACAGCAAAAGGGAAGCAAACAGCGCACUCCGCAGCCCGCUUUUCUUAGUGAGGACUAAACCUAACAUUCCCAGUGUUUCGCAAGUAGCAGUAGGCUGUAUUCACAUGAAAUUCUAGUUGCACAGACUGCUAAUUUAACAACCACUGAUUCUGGCACGAAAAUACUAUAUUUUCUCUAAUACUGCAAGCACUUAAACUAUAUUUCUUAAACAAGAAUGCGUGUAUUGUAGCCAGUGAACCGUGUUCUUUUUGUUCUGGUUAUACAAAGUACACAUGCAAAAUCAACUGUCUCUAGCACGAAUAAUAUUCAGCUUAGUAUA